AUGUUCCGUUUUUUAUUUAUUAUAUUAUGGAUAGGAUAAAGUGAGGAUAUUUAAAAGGCAACAAAAGAGGUUUACUUUUAAGGAAAUGUAAUUAUGGAUGAUGCUUUUAUAAAUGAUGGUUUAUAUUAAUAGGAAUUAAUAUUGUAAGGAGGAAGAUUAUUAUUUGAAUAAAAUCCAUUAUUUGAGUAAAUGUUAACAAUGGUAGAGACAAUAGGAGAUGGCUCAAAGGAUUAAAUACUUCUUUUAAUGAAUGAAGUAGAAAAUAAAAUACCUGAUAAUGCUGAAUUAUAAUCAACGAUUAGAGAUAUAAAAGUAUAAGAAUUGAAUCAAAUACCAUAAAUAGAAUAAAUUUUAACUGAUGAACCUGAAUGGCUAAGAUAAUUUGAACUUUUUUUAGGUGCAUUAACAGUUUUCAUUGCAUUUGUUUUCCUUUUAAAUGCUGAAUCAAGGAAAUAUAAGCAUCAUAUGAUUUUAAAAGAUGUAGUUGAAUUAAAAAAUGAAAAUUAAUUAAUAAUCUUACAAGGAUCAACAUUAGUAACUGAAGAAUAUUUGAUUGAUAUAUUAACAGGGAUAAAAGUUGUAAAUGCAAUUAGAUUUUAUAGAAAAGUGGAAGAAUUAAUAAUUAAUAAUUAAGGAGAUAGAAUAUGGAUAGAAAGAGAAAGUGAAAUAUAAUGGUAUGAUGAUGAAGAUAAUGAAGUAUAAUAAUCAGAAUGGAAAUCAUAAAUCUAAAAUAAUCAAUGUUUUUUAUUAGAUUAUUAAUUGAAUGAUAAAUAAAUUGAAUAGUUAAAAAAUUGGUAAAAACUUAAACUAAAUCCUUAUUAUUAUCCUGAAUAUUAAAUAGAUUAAAAUAAUAUAUAUUUAAAUGGAAAUACAACCUUAAGAGUUUCUUAUUGGUAUAUUCCAUCAUAAUUACUUACUGUGGUAUGUAAAUCAGAUGGAAUAAAAUUAAAUGAAAUCGAGAUUCAUCUACAAAUGCUUGAAUCUAGUUAAGGAUUUAGUGCAAGUUCAAUUAGAAAAGUAUAAAAUUUACAUAUUAAGGAUUGUUAAGAAUUGGUAUGUUAGAAAGUCAAUUAAUGGAUUAUAUGGAAUGAAUGGUCAUCUGAUGAUCAAAGUAUUGAUUUUGUAGAAGAGGGUCUAAUUUCAUUGGAAGAUAUUUUUAAAUCUAAAUUAACAUUCAAAUAAAGAAACAUAAUUAAAAUUAGAGUUCUAGCAUUUAUUUUAAUGUUUUUAGGUAUUUGGAUGUUCUUUCUACCUAUUUAUUAAGUAAAAUAUAUUUUAAUAUAAAUAUAGGUUUUAUCUUUAUUUCCAAUUUUUGGAUAAUCAGAUAUUGGACCUUAUUUAGGUGCAAUCGUAGGGUUUAUCUUUGCUAGUGUAUUUUGGUUGAUUAUUGUUGGAAUAUCAUAUUGGUAUAAUAUUUUCUAAUUUAGACAAGCUUCUAUAAUAAAAAAGUAGGAUUAACUCUCAUUUUUGUUGGAAUUUCUAUAUGCAUGGUACUUAUUAUUUGUACCCAUUUUGAUUACUAGAUUCAAUCUAAAUCAUUUUUAGAAAUUUAGUAAAGAUGGUUUUCAUGA